AUGCUGGAAGAGCCAGCCAGAGAUCCAACAUGGAGGUUUGUCCUGGUGCUGGAUGAGGUGGAUAGGCAAAGGGAUGCGCCACCGACAUUGAUACCAGCCUUGGCUCGUCUGUCAGAGAUUAUCCCCUGCCUCACCACCGUCUUCAUCGUCACGGCACCGCCCGCAGGCUUUCUCCGAACAACCGCCGCCGUGUUCCUUCACUUCCCUCCGUACACGAAACCCGAGUUUGUUCGUAUUCUUUCUCUCUCUCCGCCGCCUGCGAUAUCCGGCGCGACGCAACCCGAGACGACAGACCUUUGGACUCGGUUUUGUGCCGCUGUUCACGAUGCGUUUGUACGGUCUGCCUCUCGCAGCCUGCCAUCAUUUCGCCAUAGCUGCCAGGCUCUAUGGCCGCGGUUUAUCGCGCCUGUAGUUGCUGGCACCUACUCACCAAAAGAAUUCUCCAAACUGCUGGUAGCAGCACGAGUCCAUUUCCAAGAUGAAUCCCUUCUGAACCCAGGAAUCGUCUCAGUCCGCCCUGAACCGUCGCCAGCUACAACGACUGCAACAACAAUGCCUACCGCAGCUUCUUCGAGGUCUCUUGGGAGCGCCACCACUUCGGCUUCCUAUCUGACCGCUUUGCUGCCCAUUGCAGCACGUCUUAUCCUCUUAGCCGCAUAUCUCGCCUCGCACAACGCUACGCGACACGAUUUGACGCUAUUCUCAACCUAUCACCAUGGCCGCAAACGGCGUCGUGGCGGCGGCUUUGUCGCCAGUCGUGGGACACCCCGCACAAAACACCGAAGAAUCGCGCGGAAACUGCUCGGCGCGCAUGCUUUUGUUCUGGAACGCAUGAUGGCAAUAUUCGAGGCGGUUCGAAGCGAAUGGUCCCCUGAUGGGAGUUCUGUUGGAACUACCGGCUUGGAUGGUGACAUUGGAAUGGCUAUUGCUACACUAGCUAGCCUCCGACUAUUGGUCAAAGUCGGCGCGGGAGACAUGAUGGAUAGAUCUGGAAAAUGGAGAAUAAACGUUGGUUGGGAAUCUAUUAGGGGCAUUGGGAGAAGUAUCGGCGUCGAGGUGGAGGAAUGGCUCAUUGAAUAG